AUGGGGAAGAUAAAGACUCACAUCAGCAUAGUUGUAGUCGGACACGUCGGCUCCGGCAAGUCAACCACCGCUGGCCACUUGAUCUACAAAUGCGGCAGCAUUGAUGAAUGUACGAUCGAGAAAUUCGAAGAGGAAGCCCAGGAAAUGGGGCGGAGUUCUUUCAGAUACGCUUGGGUGUUGGACAAACUGAAGGCCGAACGUGAACGUGGCAUAACCAUUGACACCACUCUGUGGAAAUUUGAAACUGCCAACAAAUAUAUCACCAUUAUAGACACACCCGGACAUCGUGAUUUUAUGAAGAAUAUGAUCACCGGAACAUCGAGAGCUGAUUGCGCCAUGCUUGUCGUUUCCGCCGAUACCGGUGAUUUCGAAACUGGCAUCUCCAGCAAUGGACAGAUCCUCGCACAUGCCACGCUAGCUUUCACCCUGGGCGUUCAGCAGCUUAUUGUCGUCGUUAACAAGAUGGACUUAACUGAGCCUCCAUACAGUGAGGCUCGUUUCAAUGAAAUUAGAAACGAUAUUUCUUUCUACAUCAAGGAAAUUGGUUACGACCCAACGACAGUUGCUUUUGUCCCUAUUUCCGGAUGGCAUGGAGAAAAUCUAAUCGAACCAUCCACCAAAAUGCCCUGGUUUACGGGAUGGAUUGUCGAACGCAAAGAAGGCAAGCUUCAGGGUAGGUGUUUGAUUGAAGCUUUGGAUGCUAUGCGGCCUCCAACCCGUCCAACAGACAAGCCUCUGCGUCUUCCCCUGCAGGAUGUAUACAAAAUUAGCAGUAUUGGAACUGUUCCAGUUGGUCGAGUAGAAACUGGUAUUCUAAAGCUUGGUACCCUGCUUUCGUUUGCCCCAGUUAACCUAAGCGCUGAAGUGAAAGCGUUUGAAAUGCCUCGUGCAAUACUGCUGGAGGCACUGCCGGGGGAUAACGUCGGUUUCAGUUUUAAGAACGGGUCCGUCAACGGAUUAAGUCGUGGUUGUGUAGCUGGUGACAUCAAGGACAAUCCCCCCAGGGAAGCUGCCGACUUUAUCGCUCAGAUUGUUGUGCUAAAUCAUCCGGGUAGCAUCGCUGAAGGUUACACAUCAAUACUGGAAUGUCACACUGCCACCGUUGACUGUAAGUUAUCCGAGAUCAUGGAGAAGAUUGAUCGUCGUUCGGGCAAAUCGAUUGAGAAGAAUCCAAGAUCGAUCAAAUCCGGCGAUAACGCCGUUGUUAGUUUGAUCCCAUCUCAGCCGUUGUGCGUGGAGACCUUCCGGGAAUUCCCAGCACUGGGAAGGUUCGCUCUGCGGGGGGACAUGCGUCAAAUCAUCGCUGUCGGAGUCGUCAAGUCGGUCAAGUUUAAAAACGUCGAGAAGGUUUCGGGGGCCUCUGCUAAACGGUAAGAAAAAAAGGUAGCCUUUUAUUGUUACUCCACACAAUUCAAAUCAGAAAGCAUAACAUGUAUGAUGAUUAUGUGCUCUAGUGCAAUUUGUUACUUGGAGUAUUUUUACAGUUUAAUUGGGAAUGCGAUGCAUUCGAAUAGAGAAUUGUGAAAUC